AUGUCAACACCUUCGUAUUAUACGCAGAAAUAUCCAGCUACAACACCACGACCAUAUAUCACGAAAGCACCGUCAUCAUCGUUUAGCAUUAGUACCACUCCAUCGUAUAUUACGAAACUACCAGAAUAUAGUACUCGAAAAAUUGAUACUUCUGUAACUGCUUAUAAACAAGAUAUACAAGGCGAGUGUACCAAGCCAAAAUUUUGGCAUUGCACAACUGUAAGAUAUCAGAUUAGUUGUAUGUUAGACUUGAUGAUUGUUUUGGAUGCGUCUGGUUCACUCCGGCAACGUUUCCAACGCCAAAUUGACUUAAUUAUUGAGCUUAUUGAUCGUUUACCGAUUGGACCCGAUGCAACACGAAUAGCAUUAAUAAAGUAUGCCGGUCCACAAAAAGCAAGACUGGUUUUUGGUUUCGAGUAA